AUAGCCACUUGUGAGAUUCUGGCUCCUUCGCUAGAGGCAGCCUAGGGUCGUAUGGGUUGGGCGAACGUUUUGUGGUUGGAAGUAUGAGACGGAAGUCAGGGAACGGAAGAGCUGUAUCCGAAUCCGAAUUUACAGUAGUGUUUUGCACAUUAUCCCAAAUUCUGAUCGGAAUCUGGGCCUCCUGCGGCUGAGAAUCGCUCAGGCAAAAAAAAAAAGCUCAUCAUAUCUCUAGGCUGGCUUCCAGCUUCGAAGCACUGAAAAUGCCACAGGGAGCCAUUGAAAUCCAACGCCAGCUCAAGGAUCAGAUUCCAUGAGGAAAAUAAAAGAAAAAAACGAAUCAAAAGGAAACCAGAGCACAUAAACCAGAAGAAUGGGAACUACAGAAGGACAGUAAUGGCUUGUUUUGUACAAGCAGUUUACUUGCUUGAGCUUGACAGGCAAGAAAACAGGAAAGGAGAAAAUGCCCUUGCUCCAAAAUGGUGGUCACCCUUCAAAUACAGACUGGUGGAGAUCCUAAGAGACGAAAGGGAUGGGUCUAUAUUCGGGGCAGUCCUGAAAUGGGACAGGGCAGCAGCUUUAACCGACCUUGUUCUUAUCAGGCCAAGCGGCGCACCAAGUGCCGUUCUAGCACUCAGAGGGACACUGCUCAAGAGUCCUACAAUGAGAAGGGACAUCCAAGACGACCUACGCUACUUAGCUUGGGAGAGCCUAAAGGGAUCUGUCAGGUUCAGUGUGGCUCAGAAAGCACUGAAGUCUCUUGCAGGGAAGUAUGGAAGAAACAACGUAUGCAUCGCUGGGCAUUCGCUGGGGGCAGGGUUCGCACUUCAAGUAGGGAAGGCAUUGGCGAAAGAAGGAAUAUACAUAGAGGCACAUUUGUUCAACCCACCAUCGGUUUCGCUGGCCAUGUAUCUGAGGAACAUGAGAGAAAAAGCUUGGUUGGUCUGGAGAAAGCUCAUCAGAUCUCCUCAUGAUCAAACUCAAGCUCCUGUUGUGCGAGUUGGGAUGGAGCAAUGGGUGCCACAUCUGUACAUAAACCACAGCGACUAUAUAUGUUGCUAUUACAUGGAUUCAGCAGGUGAAGUAGAAGAGAAGACGAGGGAAAGGAGUGCCCAAGUUGCUGCCAGACUGUUCCUGCCGGCUACGAAAGGAAAACAGAAGUUUCUAGAAGCACACGGACUGGAGCAGUGGUGGUCUGACAACUUGGAACUCGAAAUGGCAGUGAAUAACAGCAGGCUGAUAAGCCAGCAACUGAAAUCCUUGUAUAAACUCCCUCUGCACUGAAUAACAGCAGUGCAUAUUCCACACUGCCUCAUUCAACAAAUCACUCAAUUUGCAACCGCAAUGCUUGAUCAUAUCAAGUUAUUUAUAAUUACCUUCGAUAACUUCCCCCCCCCCCCAAUCAAGUCAUACAAUUGCAAUGCAUCGUUGCAUUUACUACGUACUUCCCAAAAAUAAAUUUUUGAUCCAACAUUUUUCUCUAUAUGUGCUUCCGUUCACUCCAACAACGUUUCCAAGUAGGAUAAGCAUAAUGGCCGAGUAAAACUUACAAUGCAUUGAUAGGUUUGACAAAUGUAAUACAAGGAGUAGCUUUGGAACACCCAUGGAAAAUGCGUGAUUUAAGCUUAAAA